UUCACCCUCACCCUGAAAGUGACAGUUCCUUGGAGCCUUCCCUGAUCUUCUUUGGGGUCCUGGCUCCAAAGACCACUCUUUCCAGCUCAAUUUGACACCUCCUCACAGCCGCAGCAGCUACCUUGCCAACUCUACGCUGAUCAUGUUUUUUGUGCUUCGACUCUCCAUCCCCAUCUCGGCCACGGAGCUUCUCCUGGCCUCCACCAUCUUCUGCCUGGUAUUCUGGGUGUUGAGGGCCUGGAAGCCUCAGGUCCCCAAAGGCCUGAAGAGUCCACCAGGGCCCUGGGGCUGGCCCCUGCUUGGACACAUGCUCACCUUGGGGAAGAACCCACACCUGGCACUGUCGCAGCUGAGCCAGCGUUAUGGGGACGUGCUAGAGAUCCGCAUUGGCUGCACACCUGUGCUGGUGCUCAGUGGCCUCGACACCAUCCGGCAGGCCCUGGUGCGGCAGGGCGAUGAUUUCAAGGGCCGGCCUGACCUCUACAGCUUCACCCUGAUCUGUGGUGGCCAGAGCAUGACCUUUAACCCAGAUUCUGGACCAGUGUGGGCUGCCCGCCGUCGUCUGGCCCAAAAGGCCCUCAACACCUUCUCCAUCGCCUCAGACCCGGCUUCCUCGUCGUCCUGCUACCUGGAGGAACAUGUGAGCAAGGAGGCUGAGGCCCUCAUCAGCAAGUUUCAGGAGCUGAUGGCAGGGGCUGGACACUUUGACCCCUACAGGUAUGUAGUGGUGUCAGUGGCCAACGUCAUCUGUGCCAUAUGCUUUGGUCAGCGCUAUGACCAUGAUAACCAAGAGCUACUUAGUAUAGUCAACCUGAGUAAUGAGUUCGGGGAGGUGGCUGCUUCUGGAAACCCAGCCGACUUCCUUCCUAUCCUUCGUUACCUGCCCAACCCUGCCCUGAAUGUCUUCAAGGACCUGAAUAAGAAGCUCUACAUCUUCAUGCAAAAGAUGGUUAAGGAACACUAUAAAACAUUUGAGAAGGGCCACAUCCGGGACAUCACAGACAGCCUGAUUGAUCACUGUCAGGACAAGAGGCUGGAUGAGAAUGCCAAUAUCCAGCUGUCAGAUGAGAAGAUUGUUAGUGUUGUCUUGGACCUCUUUGGAGCUGGGUUUGACACAGUCACAACUGCCAUCUCUUGGAGCCUCCUAUACCUGGUGACGAGCCCCAGUGUGCAGAAAAAGAUCCAGGAGGAGCUUGACACAGUGAUCGGCAGGGCACGGCAGCCCCGGCUUUCCGACAGACCCCAGCUGCCCUAUAUGGAGGCCUUCAUCCUGGAGACCUUCCGCCACUCCUCCUUUGUCCCCUUCACUAUCCCCCACAGUACCACCAGAGACACAAGUCUGAGUGGCUUUUACAUCCCCAAGGGGCGCUGUGUCUUUGUGAACCAGUGGCAGAUCAACCAUGACCAGAAACUGUGGGAUGACCCAUCUGAGUUCCGGCCAGAACGGUUUCUCACCCCCAAUGGAACUAUCAACAAGGCACUGAGUGAGCAGGUGGUUCUCUUUGGCCUAGGCAAGCGGAAGUGCAUUGGUGAGACCAUUGCCCGCUUCGAGGUCUUUCUUUUCCUGGCCAUCCUGCUGCAGCAGGUAGAAUUCAGCAUCCCACCAGGCGUGAAGGUGGACAUGACCCCCAUCUACGGGCUGUCCAUGAAGCAUGCCCGCUGCGAGCACUUCCAGGUGCAGGUUCGCUCUUAAGGGGCUGAGAAUCCUGCAGAGCCAUGUACCUGUAACAGCCUCUCAGACUUGUGUGUCUGCCGGCACUGGGGAUGGAGGAAACUCAGUCAAGCACAGGGCCUCAGUGAGAUCCCCCUACCUUCUAUACCAUGUCCCUCCCACCAACCCUGAUGAGGUAUAUGGACUAAAGUAAGGCCCCAUGUCUGUCUCCCUCGCCUGGCUGCCCAGACAGGCCAGGUGGCUGGCCAAUGGUGGUCUAAGCUUUGGCAUGAAACCCACAGAUAUUGAACUGGCUGAUUUUUUGCUGUCUGGCUGUCAUGCCUGCACCACCACCCUGGACUUUCCUCUCUGCAUAGUGAAUGCUGACAGUGGACACUGUAGGGGCCACACAGGAGCUGAUGGAACCUUCUAAACUAGUGCUUGAGCUACGAGAUCUGGUAGGGUUAGAAGAUUCUCAGGCCUCUGGAAACAUCUCAGGAGCUCUUUGGAAGCCCCUGGGCCCAGCAGCUAGCUGGCUCUCUGUGUGGGCUGACUGACUUGAGAAACAUUUAGAAUAAGCCACACCGGGGCUUGUCAAAUUUAUUUGACAACUAAUAGCCAUCAAAAGUGAAGGUAAGAGGCAGCUCAGGAUACUGGCAUAGAGAUGGUCUCCCUACUUGAACAAGGCUAAGGAAUCUGACCACAGAGAUCUGCAACACUGUGCCUGAUGGAAUCGUCUUCCUCUUUGAAGUCACAAAGAGUGCUGUCUCUUGGCCUUAUGAGGAGUCCUCUGUUCCUGUUCAUGAGGAGCUGGGGACUUGUGACUUAGAAGAGCAGAGAGAGUCCUAUAUCUAGGCACCAGGAACAGGUCGGGAAGUGAGGGUUGGUAAUUCAAUCACCUUCUAUUAGUCUCCUUUCUCUAUGCCCAGCAUUAACAUGUCUUUUUAAAAUGUU